AUGGGUGUACCAGCAUUCUUCCGUUGGCUUACGAGAAAGUACCCCUCCAUUAUCGUCAACGCCAAUGAAGAGCGUCAGAGGAAUGCUGACGGCACUCGAAUCCCAAUAGAUUCCACUAAACCGAAUCCUAACUUCCAGGAAUUCGACAACCUGUACCUUGACAUGAAUGGUAUCAUCCACCCUUGUACCCAUCCAGAAGAUAGACCAGCUCCUGCUAAUGAAGACGAGAUGUUUGCACUAAUCUUCGAGUACAUAGAUCGGAUUUUUUCGAUAGUCCGACCACGAAAGCUGCUUUAUAUGGCAAUUGACGGUGUCGCUCCACGAGCAAAGAUGAACCAACAGCGUAGUCGACGUUUCCGUGCUUCAAAGGAAGCUUGGGAGAAGGCAGCAUCGAUUGAAGAGCAACGACGACGUUUAGAAGAAGAAGGCAUUGCUCUCCCUCCCAAAAAAGAAGAGGAAAAUCAUUUUGACAGUAAUUGUAUUACUCCGGGAACUCCUUUCAUGGCGCGGUUAGCCGAAGCCCUCCGUUACUAUAUCCAUGAACGAAUUACUACUGAUCCAGCCUGGUCAAAGAUUGAGGUGAUACUUUCCGACGCUAACGCACCCGGAGAAGGAGAGCACAAGAUCAUGGACUUUAUUCGUAGGCAGCGUUCAAAUCCAGCUCAUAAUCCAGACACAGUUCAUUGUCUUUGUGGUGCUGAUGCAGAUCUUAUCAUGCUUGGGUUAGCUACCCACGAAGCUAAUUUCAACAUUAUACGGUUAGAGAGAGGAGUUUAUCCCCAAUCAGCAGCGCCCAUGCGAACUUUGUGGGCAAUACGGACACGAGUUGAAGCAGUGCAGAGG